AUGACCGCCCACAUCAACUCUUGCACACAACCUUUUGGAUUAACUGGAUGCUCUGAUACAGAGAAGGAGCAAAUUUAUGGAACAGAUGGAGAGGUUGCUUUCCAUUCAGACUUCAUUAGGAAAAAGGGAUUGUUGACACUGCCUGACUUUGCAGAUUUUGUCAACCCCAGCAGCUAUGAUGGAGUUUAUGAACUGAGUGUUAGUAAUCUAGUAAUCUGCAGAAAUUUCUUAGACAGACAAAUAAAAGCUUACAAUGGCUCUGAUGAAACAACAGAACCCCCUCACAUUUCCAUCUACUCCAAAGAUGAUGUGAAGGUGGGUGUCGAGAAUGACCUUAUCUGUCACGUGACCGGAUUCUUCCCACCACCUGUGAUCAUCUCAUGGACUAAGAACAGUGUAAAUGUGACAGAGUUUAUGAAUGGCCAGUAUCGGCCAAAUCAUGACAGCACAUUUAACAUCUUCUCCCAUCUGAAGAUAACCCCUAAAGAGGGAGACAUUUACAGUUGCACUGUAAGACAUAAAGCUAUUCUGGGCCAAACUCAGACCAAAACAUGGGGUGAGUCAUUGUUUUCAUGUGAGUUCCAUGGUGUAAUCAUAUUCCACUCAAGGGAAGUUGCGGUUUACAAAGCAUAACCCAUGAAACAAACCCAAAUAAGCAAAAGAUUUAAAUGAGCAGGAU